UGUGGCUGCCUGAACAGUUGGGCACGCAUCACCAUGAAGGCCUUGGUAUUUCUAGUUUUAAUCGGAGCAGCAUUUGCUGCUGCUGAGGAUGAGAAAGUGGUUGGGGGAUAUGAGUGUUCUAGGCACUCUGCUCCCUACCAGGUGUCUCUGAACGCGGGAUACCAUUUCUGUGGCGGAUCCCUCAUCUCGAGCCAAUGGGUGCUUUCUGCUGCUCACUGCUACAAGUCUCGUAUCCAGGUACGCCUGGGCGAGCACAACAUUGCUGUGAACGAGGGCACCGAGCAGUGGAUUGAUGCAGUCAAGAUGAUCAGGCACCCACACUACAACAGCCAGAACCUGGAUAAUGACAUCAUGCUGAUCAAGCUGAGCCGCCCCGCCGCCCUCAACAGCUACGUCCAGACGGUGGCCCUGCCCUCUCGCUGCCCCGUGGCAGAUGAGAACUGCAUGGUGUCCGGCUGGGGCAACACUUCGUCUAACGGCAGUAACUUCCCUAACAACCUUCAGUGCCUGAAGCAGCCCAUCAUCGAUGACAGAAUCUGCAGAAACGCCUACCCCCACCUCUUCACCGAGAACAUGGUGUGCUCUGGAUUCAUGCACGGAGGUGCCAGCAGCUGCCAGGGUGACUCCGGUGGUCCUCUGGUGUGUAGCGGUCAGCUACAGGGAGUCGUGUCCUGGGGUUAUGACUGUGCCAUGGUGGGACACCCCAGUGUCUACGCCCGCGUGUGCCGCUACACCAGCUGGAUCAGCUCCACCAUGAGCAACAAUUAAACCCUU